CCAAUACAGACAGAGCCCAAGCAAGCAAGCCAUUCGGCAGGCUAGCUCCUAGAUGGGAAUUUCUCAACUACACAAAGUGCAGAAGCGCUGUUCUGUCCUGAUUUCUUCAUACAAUAUGGAAUGUAGUGUACUAGAGGCGUGCGCGCGCGAUGUAUUGGCACAGGAAGAGUCCGACUGCACGAGGGUAGGUAUCUGGAAAUUGUAGAGAGGGGGUGAUAGAUGGUUGAGUACUGUUGCUGUUGCUGUUGUAGCCAGGCUUUCUCUUUUCCUAUGCAGCUCCUUCGUUCGGGGUCCACUCUGUGUCUUGUCUCCUCUCUGGGCCCUCAAAAGGCCCUAGCGAACGAGACAAGACGAGACCUGCACACCCAGGCAGGAUACGAACUCCAACGACUCACACUCACGCUGUAUACGUCUCACCAGAGCCGGAGGGAGAAAAUGGCUUGCUUCUCUGCUAGAGGGAUAUUAUACUUGGGAGGAGACAGACGUCUAUAUAGCACUAACUGUCGAUCCGUGCAAGGUGAGAGCUAAGUCGGGGAGAAGGUUGGAGCGAGGCGAAGUGCAGUGAAGAGCUAAAAAAAAAAGGGCCGAGGAGGCAAGCACCAAGCAUGUGAAUGGACUUCCAUAUAGCGGCUUUAAGGAGCCCGUUCGGAGAACACCGCACGUUGGAUAGAGC